UGGUACAGUUCAUUAUUGAAUUACACGGCGAGAUAUCCAAAAUCGUCUGUUGUAUAAUAACAGUGUAAUUUAGGUGAUUAAACGUUAUUUUAUUGCUUUCUAUGAAAGACGUACUAUGCUAAUAUAGUGUGUGAGAAUGUAAGUGACAUUUCGCAUAGGACAUUGGACCACACAUCUUCGAAAAUAAUAUAGAAAAUUAAAAUGUGACCAAAUCUGUGUGUGUGUGUGUAUUCAGUUGGUGCGUUCUCAUAAAUAAAUCGUAGUGUGAUAACAAAUUCUUCCAUUUUACCUCAUUUAUAAUAUAACGUUUAUAACGUUGUCCAAAGCAUUUGCCAGUCACCAGAUCUCUGUUUUCAAAUACAACUAGCAGGCACCACUAGAGCGCUGUAAUAAGUGUUGUACUGCACUUCAUCAAUUGAAAAUUUAAUAAAAAAAAUCAUGUAUUCAACGUCAUCCAACCACCAGGCGAUAAGUGGGGUAAGUGGUUGUUCACAAAUCCCCAGGACUCCUGAAGUGAUCAACUCUAUCAUAUCCAUGAUGAACCCGUUCGACAGGUUUGCCAGUUCACCAGUGUCCGAAGACUCCUCCAGUUCGUCUUCGCCCAUAUCUCCGCCGAGGAUGCAAAACAUUUGCUCCAGUCUUCUCAUUAAAGAAGAACUUAAAAUGGCUAUCCGACAAAAACAAAAGAACGCUGUAGUGCAGACCGCCGCUACGUCACCUGUCAGCUCUGUUUCUGCUGGUAGUUCAACGGGAUCUUUGAAUAGUCAAGUCAAAAAACGCAGACAAGACGAAGAAUCACACGGCGAUGAUGACGAUGACGUGUCUUCUUAUGGGGAAGGAUUGACAGCAGAAGACGAAGAAAGGCGGAGACGACGAAGAGAAAGAAACAAGAUAGCAGCCACCAAAUGUCGACUAAAGAAACGAGAAAAAACAGUGAACCUGGUUCAAGAAUCAGAAUCACUCGAAACGAAAAAUUAUGACUUGAAGACUCAGAUUCAAGAAUUGGAAACGCAACGCAAUAAAUUGAUGAAAAUGCUGACAGUUCACCCCUGCGCCAAAAGGCACUACCAACACGAGUACACCGACCACCACGCGAUCGUUGGGUCCCCUAACAUAGUACACGGCGGCGAAGGUGGAUACGACUCCUACGGUCAUCAGCAACAAGCUGAACCACUUGUACUCAAAGACGCCAUGUUCAACCCCAACAGUAUCGGUGCGCACAACAACAACGUGUACACCGACCAAACGCCGUACCACCAUCAUGUGCUCCAGUACCAAGGGGUCGCUACGGGCUACGGGGGAGGCUGUGUGGAUGACGUCUAUGGGUACAAAGAAGGCCAUGACAUGGCUCAAUACUACGACCAGGGUAUAUGUUAACCAAAGACUAAAAAUAUCGUUUUGACUAAGAUUUUAAGUGUAGUAAUGUAAAAUUGUUUAAAAAGACAUGGCUUGGGAAAUCUGGCUGUGCAAUUGUCGCAAGUUCGUUUUAAUAUAAUUACUGCAUAGUUACCUAAACAAAUGUGAUUACUGUUGAAACGCACUAAAAAUGUUUAUUUUCUAAAAUAUUAUGUAUGUUUAUUUUUAUGUAUGAAGUAUGAAAUGUGUCUUUAUUAUUA